AUGGAAUUUUUAUUUGGUAAAAGAAAGACACCCGCCGAACUUCUUCGACAACAUCAACGAGCCAUUACCAAAGCACAACGAGAACUCGACCGAGAAAGAGAGAAACUCGAGCGGCAAGAAAAGAAGCUCAUUUUAGACAUCAAGAAAUCCGCCAAAGCAAAUCAAAUGGGUGCUUGUAAAGUGAUGGCCAAAGAUUUAGUCCGCACGCGACGCAACGUCCAAAAGUUUUAUCAAAUGAAGACGCAACUACAGGCAGUGGGUUUACGUAUUCAAACAUUACGUUCAAGUCAGCAAAUGGCAGAAGCCAUGAAAGGCGCUACCAAAGCCAUGGGAUCCAUGAACCGACAAAUGAAUUUACCUCAGAUCCAAAAAAUCAUGAUGGAAUUUGAGAAAGAAAGUGAAAUGAUGGACAUGAAGGAUGAAAUGAUGGGUGAUGCGAUUGAUGAUGCUUUUGAAGAGGAGGAGGAUGAGGAGGAAAGCGAUGAGAUUGUGAAUAAAGUGCUGGAUGAAAUUGGGAUCAGCUUCAAUCAAGAACUGGCGGAUGUGCCUACAGGUAUCAAGCAAUCUGAACCUGCUGUAUCAUCUCCUGCUGCUUCUGAGAGAGUGGCUCAAACUGAAGGCCUGUCUGCUGAUGAUGCUGCUUUGCAAGCAAGAUUAGAUAAUCUGAGAAGAGAAUAA